CCAAAAGGGACGAUCGUGGCAACAUGAACUUCGGGAGCGCAUACGCUCUUCACGACAGCGAUGAUGAGGAUGAGCGCGUCAUUGAAGACGCUCCGCCAUCGGGCCCGCUCUCUUCGAUGGGCGAGGUUCUCUUUGGCGCGGGCCCCGCCUUGACUCGCGCCUUCGCAGGAUCCCCACCUGCACCCCAGCCUCCUGCUGGAACAAGCAUGCCCAACUCUAUCCGCUUGGGUGGUGGCCUAGGAAUCCCUCACGAUGCACUUGUGCCAGCGGCAGCCCCUCCCGCAGCGGCGGCGGCGGCGAGGGCGAGAGCGGGGGCAGAAGGGGCAGGAGGGGCAGGAGUGCCGCUGUGGCCUCCUCCGCCCGUGAAAGCGGGCGCUGGAGUACCAGCGUCAAGGCUCCCGGUAGAUUUCGGCGCAUCAAUCGGAGGUGAUGAUGGUGCAAGUGGGGAGAGGGCCAAGGCCAAGGAGGCAUGUCGGAGACGCCGUGAAACUCCAAAAUACGACGCAGGCAGGGGCUCUGCCGGCGCCAGGUCGCCACAGACGCCGGCUCCUCCUCCGUCGAGGACAUGGACGCGAAAGGUGCGUUGAUUUACGCAAGCUAUAUUGUUUUGGCUGUCAUUUGAAGUUACAUGCUUGAGUUCUAACUAUGCAUAGUGUUGAGAACACCUUCAUAAAGGUUGAAACUCCCCAACGUUUGUUGAGGACGAAACCCUUCUUUCCAUAAUGGCGUCGACGAAGCGAUAUCAGAUGGCUGCUUUUGGUUGCAAAAGACAUGGGUUCAAAACCCGCUGCUCACCUUAUUUUCUUCCGGAGUAUGGAAAAAGAAAAACGGUGGGUGGGCCAAGAAACGAUGCACUGCUGUCUACCGAACUCGAAACUUCUGGCAAUGCGUGGCAGAAGUGGUGCACCCGCACACACGCACAGAAGAUUGUUGGAAAAAAGGUGGUUCUACUUGCCGCCAGCCGGUCGGGUUCCGGUUACCCCAAGAAGACUUCUCUUGCCUAGCAAACAAGAAGAAGCCUCG